ACUGAUUAUAUGCCACAGGUAAAGUACCAUUGGUUAUCAAUCAACACAGUCAUGUUAAAAUAUUACCAUUUUAUAGUUUUAGCCUCUUUUGCAACUGGAAUUUUUGCAAAUACUGUUAUUAAUUGUCUUGUAGCCCCUAAUUGCACAGCUGUAAGAUGUGCAAGUCCCAAUUGCACAGAAGGGCAGAGACCUGUAGUCCAUCCUUGCUCAUGUUGCCAAACUUGUGAAGAUAUUGUCGAGGACUGUGGUUGCUCUUCAGAUGCUUGUUUUACUGUAAAAUGUGGAGUGAGGGGAGAAUGCCCCAAAGGCCAACAAGAGGCCAUGGGGGGUUAUUGCAACUGCUGUAGAGUUUGUAAAGCAUCUUGUGUGGUGCUAUGCCCUUUAAUAAAAUGUGCUAGUGGAUAUAGGAGUGUUAAACAUGGAUGCUGUAAUGCAUGUGUGAAAAUUGCUGGGUCAUGCGACAAAUGCACUUGUCUUAGAAAUGUUGCCAACAAUGUAACAUCAGUACAAGAAGCUAGGGUUUGUGAUUAUAAUCAAUAUUGUAUUGAAGGAAAGUGUGUAUCCUACUUGUAAUUAUAAAAAAUAAAAGCUGUAGUGAUAAUA